AUGACCGAGUCGGUGAAGUUGGACAGCUUCGUCAAGGAGAGUGCACAUUUCCACCCGUUCACUGCAGGUAGGAGCAUCAGCUCGUCCAAACCUCUCCAAAAUUCACAUACUUUGGACACGUCAAACAUGCUUGCCCCGGCCAAUUCUUCGCUGCAAAUGAAAUCAAAGUCCUGA